AUGACGGUUCAACGACUCUUCCCAAUUUUUCUUCUCAUCCUCUUGUUCGUUAGCAUCAAAUGUGAUUCGAUUGAAGAACCAGAAGGCAAUAUAAUCGGACUUGAGGAAUUUUUAUUAGAAUUGGAUCCAGAAACUAGCGAUAUUGUAAUGCAUUCGUACCAUCAUCCCAAGAACAAUUUUGAUAUUCAGAUUUUGGAACUUCUUGAAGCUCAACAGCAUCCAACACCAAAAGCGAAUCGAGCAAUGAGAAAAAUAAUGGAGAAGCUGCCAGCGUCGGAGCUCAAUAAGCUAUUCCAGAUCUACAAGCAAACUCGGGAUUAA